UCUGCUCUGACGAAACCGGAAGUAAAAGAUAAAAGCAGACGCGGACAAUAUUGCAGGUUCUUUCCGAAGCGUCGCAAUAAAGCCGAGCUGGUUCGGACUGGUUCCGAGGACAAUCACAGUCCAAAGGUGGAUGAAAGGUAACCCGAGGAACCUGAAUCUGCUGCAGCAGAAAUGGCUGAAAGGAAAAAGAGGCGGCGGUCAGAGUCGACUGACUCCCUCAAUGAGUCGCCACACAGUUCACCGCUAAGAACUGAAUCUUCAGUUGCCAGCUCUGUGUCGGUGAAGAGCGAAUCAUCCAAGUUUGAUCCACCGCUUUUUAGUCAUGAACCAGCUUCAAGUUCACAGUUGAGAAGAAUCAGGCCUUCAACUCCAAGCAAUGUGUCCAUGAAGAGCGAUAGGUCCAAGGCUGAAAUGCCUUUUUUUGCUCUUGAAACGCCUCCAAGCCAACCACUGCAGUGUUUAAAGUGCAACAAGGAUUCAGCAGACCAAAUCCAAAUGUAUUGUGGAUGCCGGUUUUGCAGAGAUUGCGCUGUCUCAGAAUCACACCAGUCUCCUUCAACAGUGGAUACAUGUUGUCCAAAAUGUGGAAAGAAACCCAAAAGAACAGAUGGAGUGGAAGACAUUUUAAAACUAAAGAAGAACCUUCAAAAAGCAAUGCAAAAUAAAUUUUCAGUCACAGGUGAAGGUAAUGGUGACCAACAAAUUUCACUGAAAAGUAUUUACACAAUUCUCUACAUCACCAUUGGUGAGAAUAAAGAUCUUUCUGAAAAACAUGAGUUUGGACACCUAAAAGGCCGUCUUCAAAAGCAGCCAUCAUCGGAUUCCUCAGUGAACCUCACUGAUAUCUUUAAACCUUUGAUGGACCAGGAGAACCCCAACAGAACAGUCAUAACUAAGGGAAUUGCGGGCAUUGGAAAAUCUUUUUCUGUGCAGAAGUUCAUCCUCGACUGGGCUGAAGAGAAAGCAAACAAAGAUGUUGAUUUUGUUUUCUGUCUUAAUUUCCGAGAGUUGAAUCUGGUUACAAGAAAGAAAAGCCUCAAUGAGUUGCUGGUAGAGUUUCAUCCAGCGCUAAAACCUCUGAAAGAUUCCUUGGCUUAUGCCAAAGCGAAGAUAAUAGUGAUCCUUGAUGGUCUGGAUGAAAGCAGACAUUCACUGGACUUUGCAGACAUGAAGACAGUGUCAUCUCUAAGGGAUGUAACAUCUGUAGGUAACCUACUCGUAAACCUCAUCAAAGGUAACCUUCUUCCUGAUGCAAACAUCUGGAUAACGUCCCGUCCAGCAGCAGCCAAUCAGAUCCCUGCAGAGCACAUCAACAUGGUGACAGAGAUAAGAGGAUUCACAGAUCCUCAGAAAGAGGAAUAUUUCAAAAGGAGAUUCAGCGAUGAUCCGAGUCUUGCUGGGAGAAUAACUCAACAUAUCCAGUCUUCACAAAGUCUUGACAUCAUGUGCCAGAUUCCAAUCUUCUGUUGGAUUUCUGCUGUUUUAUUCCAGGAGGUCUUUGGUGGAGAGCCAGACAUUGAAAUCCCUCAGACUCUGACAGAGAUGAUGGCACAGUUUGUUUUUGUUCAAACAAAACGCAGAAGCAGAAAAUAUGAAACGAAGAAUCCACACAAAGGGAAGCUUCUACAGACACACAAAGAGUUUCUUUUAAAACUUGGGAAGCUGGCAUUUAACCAGCUUCUGGAAAAUAAUUUAGUCUUUUAUGAGGAAGACCUGAGAGACAGCAAUAUCGACGCUCAAGAAGCUUCUAUCUACACUGAGUUUUGCAACACAGUUCUUAGAGAAGAAGAAAUCUUCUACCAGAGAAAAAUCCACUUCUUUGUGCAUCUGACUCUCCAAGAGUUCUUUGCAGCUCUCUUUGUCUAUGAAUGUUUUGUAACCAAGCAAACCAAACAGCUUGGGAGCUUUCUUGACUUGGAGGACAAAGAUCAUGCUUUAGUUGAUCUUGCAAAGAAGACAGUUGAAAAAGUCCUGCAGAAGAAGAAUGGUCAUUUAGAUUUUUUCUUGCGAUUCCUCCUUGGCCUCAUGGUUGAACCCAACCGAAGAGCCCUUCAGGGAAUGUUGACAUCUGUGGACCCAAACGACGAUACAGACAAGAAAGUCUUGACUUACCUGAGAUCAAUCCGAAGAAAGAACUUGUCUCCAGAUAGCUGCAUCAACAUUUUCCAGGCCAUGGUUGAGAUGAGAGAUAACAAAGUCAAAGAUGAGAUUCAAGAAUAUCUUAAAAUGGAUGGCCGUCCAAAAAAAGAGUUGACUCCCCUGCACUGCUCGGCCCUGGCCUACAUGUUGCAAGUGUCCAAGAAUGAACUUGAGGAGUUGGAUUUAAAGAGUUACAACACAACAGAUGAAGGCAGGAGGAGGCUCAUUCCAGCAGUGAGAAGCAGUAAAAAGGCAGUGUUAAAAGACUGUAAAGUGACUGUAGAGUGGAUUGACCAUCUGGUCUUUGGCCUAAAGUUCCCAUUUUCACCACUGCAAGAUCUGGACCUGAGCAACAACGAUCUGAAGGAUUCAGGUGUGAAGAUGCUGUGUGAUGGACUGUCGAGUCCUGGCUGCAAACUCAAAAUAUUGAGGUUGUCUGGUUGCCUGAUCACAGAGAAAGGAUGUGAACAUCUGGUCUCAGCGCUGAAGUCCAACCCGUCCCACCUGGUUGAACUGGACCUGAGCUACAACAAUCCAGGAGAAACAGGAAUUAAGCUGAUUUCUGAGCAACGUCAGAUCAAGAAACUACAUUUUGAUCAUCCUGGACCCCAUCGGAUGAAACCAGGAUUUAAGAAGUAUGCCUGCAGAGUCACCCUGGACUCCGUCACUGCACACAAGAAGCUGCUUCUCUCUGAAGGGAACAGAAAGGUGACCUGGGUGGAGAACGAGCAGCCUUAUCCUGACCACACAGAACGGUUUGAUCAGUGUCUGCAGGUUCUGUGUAAACAGGGCCUGCAGGAGCGCUGCUACUUUGAGCUGGAGCUGGUGGAGCCCUGCACCAUCGGCUUAACGUACAGGAGCAUCGGCAGAAAAGGAGAUGGAGAGAACUGCAAGUUGGGGCUGAAUGAUAAAUCCUGGUGCAAGAUUUGCUCAGAGGACGGUUGCUACGUUCAGCACAACAGUAACCGUGUUUUUGUCUCCGCUUUGCGCUGCUCUCGUAUUGGAGUGUAUCUGGAUUGGGAAGCUGGCAGCAUCUCUUUCUACAGAGUUUCUCAUGACAACCUCACCUGUCUCCACACCUACAAAGAUACAUUCAGCGAACCUCUCUAUCCUGCUGUUCAACUUUUUCCUCACUCUUCUGCCUUGUUUUGUCAGAUAGAAUAAGGUGUAUCAAACAGCGUGGGGAGAUGUACAUGCAGUUUUUGGUAGAAAGAGAAAAGAGCCAAAUGGUAAAUCAUGCAAACAGAAAUUACUGAGCUCAUUUUAUCGUGUGAUUAAUUAAUUUAUUGCUUUUUGCGACUGGCCUAUGUAAUGCAGAACAUAGUUGAUAAUUAAAAUGAAGUUUAGUUAUCAGGUGUUUGAACCAGCUGCGUGCAGGAUGGAUCUUUUAUUGAUUAAAAUGACUAAAUGGAAGAUUUUCUUGUAAAACUGUUUUGUCAAACCUUUUUUGACUCUCAUCCUGUCUGAGGUUUAGUUUGUGCUUUUUGAUUAAAUGUAAAAUAGUAUUAUGAUUGGUUUUUAGAACCAAUCAGGUAAACAUCAGUAAAACAGAACUUUGUUUUCUUUGUGAGUGUUUUGUAAAUAUUUUAAUUGUUCUGGUAGAUGAUGAAUCUAACAUCAAAUUAGUUUGUGUCAUGUUCUGUGUUUUCUGUGUGUUUAUUUCGAGUUUUCUGUGUCUCCAUGUUGUCCUGUUCGCCCCUCGAUUACUCCCAGUUGUUUCUCGUUCCCUAAUUACCCCGUGUGUAUUUAGUGCCACCUGUGUCUCUGCGUCCUCGUCCAUUGUGCGUUCAGUCCUUCGUGUUCCAGUCGUGUUUACAGUUGCUACCGGCGUCGAGCCCUGGCUUCUGCUCGGCCGUGCUGCCCGUUGCUUAAACGGGCAGCACUACUAUUAAUAUAGUAGAUUUUAAUAAUGAAACACACAGUGUUUCAUUAUUAAAAUCUACUAUUCAUCUUACCUGGGUCUGCUGCGUCUGCUUCACCACCAAAUCGUGACAGGUUGAUGUUAGAGUGAGACAUGUUGAUCUCACUGUAUAUUCUUGCAAUUUUAUACAAGAAGUUAACUUGUAUUAAUUUGUCUUUAUGCUAUUCUUUAUACUUCAUAAAUCUACAGUCACUAAAUGUAGUUGAGCUAUUAUCAGCUGCUCUUACAUAAUUAACCUUUACACUAGACCUUAUAACAAAAAAAAAAAAA